AACAACGUUAUAUAUAGUUAAUAAUAGUUUACCUAUUUCUUUACAAAUUCAACACUUUUCUUCUUCAUCUUCUUGAUCUUCCAACUCUACCCUAUUAGAUUCCACACACCAUUUUGGACCACAAAUUGCUUUACAAAUUAUAAUUUCAGCUUCUUUAAUCACCUGCAGAUCACGAAAACCGUCUACGAUGGAUCAUCGCAACGCUUCCAAAGACCGUAGCAAAGGAGAAGGCGGUGGUGGAGACGAGGUUAAGUAUAGAGGCGUAAGGCGUCGUCCGUGGGGGAAGUAUGCCGCGGAGAUUCGUGACCCCAACAAGCAAGGGGCCCGGGUUUGGUUGGGGACAUUUGCUACCGCGGAUGAGGCUGCCCGAGCUUAUGAUCGGGCAGCCUAUGAGAUGCGCGGUCACAUGGCGGUUUUGAACUUUCCGGCUGAAUACCCGCCUACUUUUUCGGCUGCUGCUUACAACGCUUCCAUUGCGGCGGCUGCCUCUUCGUCGGCUGUGGCGAACCGUGAAGUGUUCGAAUUCGAAUGCUUGGAUGAUAAGUUGUUAGAGGAUCUUCUUGAUUAUGAUGAGGGCAAGAACAAGAAAUGAGUCACAUGAAAAGUUGUAUGGUUUGGAUAAUUAUUAGUUAUAUAAAUAUAAUUAAAUAACACAAACUUUUUAAUCUAAGAGUUGUUGCAUGAAUGUUUUCUUGCAAACAUAAUAAUUACUUAGUUUGGAUGACUUGAGAUGUGACGUAUUUGUAGAAUAAAAUGGU